UUUAAGUCUAAUGAAGAGUUAGUCCAUUUUAAAACAUCGAUUUCGAGUUCACUCUGAAUAUAAGUGCGACAUUGGUUUUGUUGAAAAUGAGGAUUUUAUGUUUUGCGUUAUUCCUCGGCAUAACGGGUAUACUAGGUUUGGAUGAACUAUGUUUUAAAAAUCCGGCAUUUGUAUGCCGAAGUAACAACGUAAAUGUGACGAUUGCUAAAGAUGUUGAGGAACUCAUGGAACUCUGUCCACGAUACAUUGAUUACGUAGAGUGCCUGGGACAUUAUGACAGGACAUGUGCUGAAAAAGGACGUGGAAUUUUUUUCCAGCCUCAUGGUUAUAAGAAUUUGCAUGGAGUAUUGCUCGAUCUCUGUGAUUCAGAAUCGAGCCUUCACAAAG